AUGGUGUUCAAGCAUGCAAUGUGGAUUUGGAAAGGAUUCAUCCUUGCUGCUCUGUUGGCAGUAGUGUCGACAAAAAAAUACUACCGACGUCUUCCGAACCGCCACCCAAUAUACCUCAUAUCACCUACAUGCAUUACAGAUAAAGAUGGAAAAGAAUUUUGUAUGGACGAAGCAAAAUGCAGUUCCUGCGAAACUCUAAAGGAUGAACGCAAGAAGAGAUUUUGCUCAAUCUUCUGUGAGCUAAGCAGCAAAAUAAAGGAAGAAGAAUCAAGGAGUGUGAAAUAGUGGCUGUCCUUUCGACUCGAUUCACUUAUAAAACAUGCGUUUUCGAAGUUUAAAUGAGGAAUGAGAAUUCCGCUGUUGUUCUGCCCGGUCCGCGGAAAGGAAAAGUCGAAUUUGCUUAUAUCAUGCUAAACUAAGAUUGGCAGAGGCACAACGCUCAGUUUGACCAUAUCCUGCUAAGUUUUAGUUGUCUACAAUCGCAC